AUGAUAUCUUGUGGUGUUGCGCCAAUGUUCAUCACAGAGUGCAGCCCGAAAGAAUGCCGUGGAGUGACAUCGAUGAUAAACGGUAUACUACUCCAAGUCGCUCUUGUGGUGGGUGCCACACUGGCAAUGCCUCAACUAUUCGGAAGUGAAAAUGGCUGGUGGAAACUGUACGCUGCAGAAUUGGCUAUCACUGCAACUGUGAUGGCGCUUGUUCCAUUCAUCCACGAAAGCCCAGGGUAUCUCCACUCACGUGGUGAUGACAUUCGAAGCGAGCGUGCAUUACGAUUCUAUCACAACACAGACGGUGAAGAAUUGCGAGCGGCCAUGAAACAGCUGGACCAGUCCACGAGCGGAAUCCAAGUUAUCGGUCUUGUUUCGUUGUGGAAAGAUUCAGCAGCUCGCCGCGGAACACUAGUGGGUGCAGUUGUCGGGGUAGCAAUGGUGAUGAGUGGAAUAGCAGGUAUGAUGGAUGAUUCUUCGGUUUCUUAG